GCAAACUCGAGCCUCAGAUCUUCAAAAACCACAAAAAAUAAAAAUUAACACUUUGUAUUUAUCGAUCUUAUUAUCUUAAUCACCAAAACAAUUAGGAGUAUGAUGUCUGCCCUCCAUUCCGAUCAACUUAAACAACUCAAAGACAUCUUCAUGCGCUUCGAUAUGGAUUCUGAUGGCAGCCUCACGCAGCUUGAACUCGCUGCACUUUUACGUUCUUUAGGCCUCAAGCCAAGCGGUGAUCAACUUCAUGUUUUGUUAUCCAAUAUGGACGCUAACGGGAAUGGCUUUGUGGAGUUCGAUGAAUUGGUUUCUGCGAUUUUGCCCAACAUGAGUGAAGAGGUUUUGAUCAACCAAGAACAGCUUUUGGAGGUUUUCAGGUCGUUUGAUCGUGAUGGUAAUGGUUAUAUUACGGCCGCUGAGCUGGCGGGUUCCAUGUCUAAAAUGGGUCACCCUUUAACGUAUCGUGAGCUUUCCGAUAUGAUGAAAGAGGCUGAUAUUAAUGGAGAUGGUGUUAUUAGUUUUAAUGAAUUUGCAUCGGUUCUGGCCAAGUCUGCUGCUGAUUUUCUAGGCCUUAAAGUUGCAUAGGCGGGGUUAGGCGUUGAUCAUCCAUUGUAUAAUUGCAAUUAUUAUCCUGAUUUGUCAAGCAUAUAUCCUUUGUGAUCAUGGAUGGUUUUGAUAUGAACCCCUCUUUUUGAGUUAUUUU